AAGCAUUCCUCAUUUCCUUGUGAAGGCAGAGAAAGCUGUGCUGCUUGGAGCUUACUUGCUGGAACCCCCUUGCGUCAUAUUGUUUUCCUUUCUUUCUUCCUUUUACGUUCCUAAUCAAACCUGGGGGUUGUUCCGGCUUGUUGUCUGGAUGCAACCAGAUACGGACGAAGCGCGUCCUGUCUCGACGCCCAAGCGGCCGAGGACUACCGAUGCACCGACCAAUGGCGCCGUGAACGGGCAUGUGGCCAGGGAAAAAACCCCUGAAGGCACCCCAGCGAAGAAAAUAAAGUCGACUCCCAAGAAGCCGACCGCGGACACUCCAGCUGCCCUGAAAGCCUCGGGAUUGAAGACUCCCACACACAAGAACAAGGCGAAGGCUCUAUUCUCGACGCCUACUAAACAGACCGCUGCGCCCGACACCCCGACCAAGGCUCGAAAUGCCGACCGGUCCGCAAAGAAGAAGAGCGCUCGCCUGCUGCUGGAACAAGACGAAGAUGAAAUUUGGGAUGGCGCCGAUCGCCUCGCGGAGGAAAUCCUGCAGGACGAUGACGACACGGCCCUUCAGGAACCAACGCCAGCAAACUCAGCAACCAAUGAAGAUGGAGUAGUACCCUCCGUCGAGGCAGGAUCCGAAGAGCCAGCAGCCGGAGAUGCAGCAGCACCCACCCCCAAACGUCGGGCCGGACGACCAAAGGGCGCAAAGAACAAACGCUCCCCCACGCCCGAGGGCGAGCUCCCGGCGCACGAGCGCUACUUCUUCCAGAACCGGGCGGGACCGCCUCGGACGUCGAAUAGCAAUCUCAGCAAGGUGAACCUCCUGACGCACGAGGAGUAUUUCGAGAAGAUGGCGCAGUGGGUGGAUCCGUUCCAGGAGGAAAAGGCCCUGUUGCUGGACCUGCAUUGCCGGUCCUUCCCCCAAUGGGACUUCGAGUUCGACCAGGGGUUCAACAUCUGCCUGUACGGCUACGGAUCCAAGCGUCGAUUGCUACAGGAAUUUGCCGACUGGCAAUACCGCCGCCACUCCCACGACAAUGAAGACGACGACACCACCUCCACUGCGGCCUCACCGCCCUCCGUCGUUAUUGUCAACGGUCACACGCCAGGCGUCUCGAUCCGGUCCAUCUUCGCGACGAUUGUCACAGCGGUGCUGGGCGCAGACAUCCCGUCGAAGAUGGGCUCGCAGCCGCAAGAGGUCCUGGAACUGCUGCAGUCCAGCCUGAACGCCCGCGACUCAGAUAGUCCGCCGAUCACGGUGCUCAUCAACUCCAUCGACGCCCCCUCCCUCCGCCGCGCCACGAACCAAGCCCUCCUCGCCCGCCUGGCCGCCACCCCGCAGAUCAACCUCCUCGCGACGGCGGACACGCCCAACGUGCUCCUCAUGUGGGACCUGAACCUCCGCGACCAGUUCAACUUCGUGUUCCACGACUGCACGACCUUCGCCCCCUUCGACGCGGAAUUCGAUGUCGUCGAGGAAGUCAGCGCCCUGCUCGGCCGCAAGGGCCAGCGCGUCGGCGGCAAGGAGGGCGUGGAAUUCGUCCUGAAGAGUCUGCCCGAGAACGCGCGCAACCUGUACCAGCUGCUGCUGACGGAGCUGCUCUCCGCGUCGGACGAGGGCCAUCUGUCGGACGAUGAGGGGGAGGACGGUGGUGGUGGUGGUGGUGCCCGAGGGGAGGACGCCGCCGGGAUCGAGUUCCGCGCCCUCUACCAGAAGGCGGCCGAGGAGUUCAUCGCGAGUUCCGAGAUGAUGUUCCGGACGUUGCUGAAGGAGUUCCACGACCACCAGAUGAUCACGUCGCGGAUGGAUGCGAGCGGGAUGGAGAUCCUGGGCGUGCCGUUGGCCCGGGAGGAGAUGGAGGGCGUUUUGGAGGAUUUGGUUUUGGCUUGAGCCAGCCCUGGUUUGCCGCAGCUGCUGCAGCUGCUGCAGCUGCUGCAGAAGAUGAAGUACAUGCGAAUGUAUUCCUCGGCGCUCGGCUCGCAAUAAUGAUACCCUGUAUAAGACAGAUCAAAGGAGAACCUUGAAUCUAUAUAAUCGUGAUAGUAUCGGA